CGGCCCGCCACCGUCGGAACCCCACGGCUGGCACUCCAAUCUCCGCCGUGGGUGCCGCGUCCCCUCCCUCCGCCGCACCCGCCCUCGGGCCAGGCUCCUUCCUGGCCGGGACCCGGGGCCGCCUCCGCCCCGCCCGCGCCCGGCUCCUUUGCGCGAGGACGCGCGCGGCGCCGGCGGGCGAGAGGCGGGCGCGGCCGGGGAGGCGGCGCGCGCGCGCCCUGACAGCUCGGCCCUGCUCGCUCACUGGCUCGUCCCCGGCUUCCGAGCACAGCAUGGCGGUCAAGGUGCAGACAACCAGGAGAGGUGAUCCUCAUGAGUUAAGAAACAUAUUCCUACAGUAUGCCAGUACCGAGGUUGAUGGAGAACAUUACAUGACCCCAGAAGACUUUGUCCAGCGCUAUCUUGGACUGUAUAAUGACCCAAAUAGCAAUCCAAAGAUUGUGCAGCUUUUGGCAGGAGUAGCUGAUCAAACCAAGGAUGGGUUGAUCUCCUAUCAAGAGUUUUUGGCAUUUGAAUCUGUUUUAUGUGCUCCAGAUUCCAUGUUCAUAGUGGCUUUCCAAUUGUUUGACAAGAGUGGAAAUGGAGAGGUCACAUUUGAAAAUGUCAAAGAAAUUUUUGGACAGACUAUUAUUCAUCAUCAUAUCCCUUUUAACUGGGACUGUGAAUUUAUCCGACUGCAUUUUGGGCAUAAUCGGAAGAAGCAUCUUAACUACACAGAAUUCACCCAGUUUCUCCAGGAGCUACAGUUGGAACACGCAAGGCAAGCCUUUGCACUCAAAGACAAAAGCAAAAGCGGCCUGAUCUCUGGUCUGGACUUCAGGGACAUCAUGGUCACCAUCCGGUCUCACAUGCUUACUCCCUUUGUGGAGGAGAACUUAGUUUCAGCAGCUGGAGGAAGUAUCUCACAUCAGGUUAGCUUCUCCUACUUCAAUGCGUUUAACUCCUUACUGAAUAACAUGGAGCUUGUUCGUAAGAUAUAUAGCACUCUAGCUGGCACAAGGAAAGAUGUUGAAGUCACAAAGGAGGAAUUUGCCCAGAGUGCCAUACGCUAUGGACAAGUCACCCCACUAGAAAUUGAUAUCCUGUACCAGCUUGCAGACUUAUAUAAUGCCACAGGGCGCCUAACUUUGGCAGAUAUUGAGAGAAUAGCCCCAUUGGCUGAGGGGGCCUUACCUUACAACCUGGCGGAACUUCAGAGACAGCAAUCUCACGGUUUAGGCAGGCCUAUCUGGCUCCAGAUUGCCGAGUCUGCUUAUAGAUUCACUCUGGGUUCAGUGGCUGGAGCUGUAGGAGCCACUGCAGUAUAUCCUAUAGAUCUGGUGAAGACCCGCAUGCAAAACCAGCGUGGCAGUGGCUCUGUUGUUGGGGAGCUGAUGUACAAGAACAGUUUUGACUGUUUUAAGAAAGUCUUGCGUUAUGAGGGCUUCUUUGGACUCUACCGGGGUCUGAUACCACAACUUAUAGGGGUUGCCCCAGAAAAAGCCAUUAAACUGACUGUUAAUGAUUUUGUCCGAGACAAAUUCACCAAAAGAGAUGGCUCCAUUCCACUUCUAGCUGAAGUCCUUGCUGGAGGUUGUGCUGGCGGCUCUCAGGUCAUCUUUACUAACCCCCUGGAGAUAGUGAAGAUUCGCCUGCAGGUAGCAGGAGAGAUCACCACAGGACCCAGGGUCAGCGCCCUGAACGUGCUGAGGGACCUGGGACUUUUUGGUCUGUAUAAGGGUGCCAAAGCGUGUUUCCUCCGAGACAUUCCCUUCUCUGCGAUCUAUUUUCCUGUUUAUGCUCAUUGCAAGCUACUUCUGGCUGAUGAAAAUGGACACGUGGGAGGUGUGAAUCUCCUUGCAGCUGGAGCCAUGGCAGGUGUGCCUGCUGCUUCUUUGGUGACCCCGGCCGACGUCAUCAAGACAAGACUGCAAGUGGCUGCCCGUGCAGGCCAGACGACGUACAGUGGUGUCAUUGACUGUUUCAGGAAGAUUCUACGGGAAGAAGGGCCCUCCGCAUUUUGGAAAGGGACUGCAGCUCGAGUGUUUCGGUCCUCUCCCCAGUUUGGAGUUACUCUGGUCACCUACGAACUUCUCCAGCGGUGGUUUUACAUUGAUUUUGGAGGCCUCAAACCCUCUGGCUCAGAACCAACGCCUAAGUCACGCAUUGCAGACCUUCCUCCCGCUAAUCCUGAUCACAUCGGUGGAUACAGACUUGCCACAGCCACUUUUGCUGGUAUUGAAAACAAGUUUGGCCUUUAUCUCCCCAAAUUUAAAUCUCCUGGUGUCGCUGUGGUUCAACCCAAAGUGGCGGCCACAGUUCAGUGAUGAGGAGACCAUUGAGUGUGGCAAAAGGGCGCCCUGGAGAGAAGCCUAGGCCAGCAACUCCAGCCAGCUGCAUGGUGCUGGCUGAGCUGAGGAGUCAAACUUCUUUCUAUACGACAUAUACAUAUAUUUGUUUAUAAAGUAAUCAUUUGUCUGGGAAAAAAACCCAACAACAAAUGCAAUUUCAAGCUUUAGUCUUUUGUGUUGAAAUGUUUUCUAAGCCUUGGCCUGAAUUAGUGUUGUAGACUGCUAUGCACAGCUUGCACUUACAGCGACUGUACAUAUUGUACAUCUUUGUACAGAGACGUCUUGGCACCUCAUCCCAACAAAUCACAUUUACAGAAUGUAUUGCAGUUCUGAGUGGUUUGAAUGUACAGAAUGUUUUGAAAGUGUUUUAUUAAGAAUCACACAAAAAUAAAUGUAUUAAAAUUAAAUUCA